AUGAUGUUCACCAAGACUCUCAUCUUUGCUUUCAUUGGCACUGCUCUGGCUUUCCCAGAAGGCGUCCUCGUUUCUAAUGGGCUCACCAGGGCACCCAAGGUUAUAACACGUGAUAUUCCACGAUCGGAGUUGGCUAAACGAGAUUUUGAUCCUACUAUUAUUUCAACUGAAGAUCACCCCACGAAUCCAUUGAUGGUUCGGCAAACUUGCAAUCCUUGUUCCCCUGAUGGUUGCGGUGCUUGCGGCUCUACUGGAACAUCUGUGCCUAUGGAAGUUCUGCUGCAAGGCAAGGUAUAUGGGCGGGGGACCCUUCCGGUUACCCUCGAUUUCCAAAUACCGCAGCUAGGAGAUCUUUCAAGGUUUGGUGCCGAAGAAGCUUCCUUGAAACUUUCUCCUAAUUUUCCUAUUGCGCAUUCUGGAAAUCUACCAAUAUGUAUCUCUACUACUUCAGAUACCCUGUAG